UCAGGAUAGGGGGGUGAAUGAGAUUGACGAAGAGUUCUUGUUCUGUAUCUCAGUUUUUCUCUUUAUACUCAAAUUAAAUAGUGGGAAAAAUUAUCGGGAAAAUCACAUCAUAUGCAAUGGAGUGUAUUUGGAUAUUAAGUGGAUAAAUACACGCUCUGGGCGUUUUUCGGUGAAGAAGUACUACGGUGUUUGUAAAUAUUUAUUUAAAUAAUUUGUGUGAGAAGAGCAGGGUUGGCUGCUGCUCAAGUGAGUAAAAGAGGAGGCUGCCACCCCCUCAAUGCAAAAUUGGAUGGUGUUCAAAACUGAAGACUGUGUGAAGGCUGAAAGCUGUCCAGGACUGAGCUUCCGACAGAAAGGAUCAAUGAUGGAAUUACAGACCCUCCAAGAGGCCCUGAAAGCGGAAAUACAGGUUCAUCAGAAACUAGUGUCCCAGAUGAAGCAGGAUCCACAGAAUGCUGAUUUGAAGAAGCAGCUCCAUGAACGUCAAGCAACGAUCACAGCACUGAGUGAGAAGCAGAAGAAGGUGGUGGAGCAGCUGAGGAAAGAGCUGCUGGUGAAACAGGAUCAUCUGGAGGUCCAGGCCCAUCAGCAGCCCCAGCACCCAGUGCAGCCUGAUGGGAAGGCCUCUGCCCUGCCUAACCUCCACACCCCACCCUCCCUGCCCUCACCUGACAAACUGAGCACGCCACAGAACACGAUGACGGUCACGCCGGUCAUCGCCACUAAGACUCUACCUCUGGUACUGAAAGCUGCCACCGCUACAAUGCCUGCUUCCGCCGUGACGCCGCGACCCUCCGUCGCCAAGGUCACAGCCAUCAGCAACACGCCCAAGGCCAGCAUAGGUCACCCUGACUCACUGAGUGCACCUAUCAACCUUCAGACGUCCAGCAAGUUGACCCAUCAGGGGAUGGAGCCGGUUCGGAUAGUCCCCAAGAACACUAUUGUUGUGCAGGCCACUGCCCAGCCUAUCAAAGUUCCUCAGUUUAUCCCUCCGCCUAGACUGACGCCUCGACCUACCUUUCUAACGCAGGUCCGACCUAAACCAGCCACGCCUACGCCCACUUCCAUGGUACCCAUCGCCCCUGCGCCCCCUCCUCCCAUGCUGGCUGCUCCUCAGCUCCUCCAGCGGCCUGUCAUGUUGACCACCAAGCUGACCUCCACCUCACUGGCCUCCACCACCGGGCCCAUCCACCAGGUACGCGUUGUAAACGGCCAGCCCUGCGCCAGCAUCACCAAGACCCUGCCCUCUGCCCAGCUAACUGGCAUCGUCAUCACCUCGCCGGCCACCAUUACAGCCACCCUGGCAACUCAUCAGACCCUUCAGAUCAGAAGCCUCAGCCCUGACACCAAGGCUGUUAAAGCUCGGGGUGUUACAGACCCGAAGACUUCGGCCAGUGCGCCCUCCUCCCCUUCACACACCGCUAGAAGCAACGCUCCACCCCUGCUGAGGAACAAGAGAGAGGACAACCCCCAGAAACUUGCCUUCAUGGUAUCCUUGGGACUUGUGACAUAUGACCAUCUGGAAGAGAUCCAGAGUCGGAGGCAGGAGCGCAAGAGGAGAACAACAGCAAACCCAGUAUACAGUGGAGCAGUGUUUGAGCCUGAGCGUAAGAAGAACGGCGUCACCUACCUGAACACUCCUCUACACCAAGGCACCAGGAAGAGAGGUCGCCCACCCAAAUACAGCAGUGUUCCUGAGCUGGGUCUUCACACCCCAACAUCCCCCACCAGCAGUCAUUCCGCCUCCCCGGCCAACCACCGGCCAGAGAGGGGGGGCUCUCACUUCCCCGUCCACCCCCACACCCUCCCUCUGCCUAGACCCAGCUCUGGGGAUGGAGACAUCCAUGAGGACUUCUGCACUGUGUGCAGGCGCAGUGGUCAGUUGCUCAUGUGUGACACAUGUGCACGUGUUUACCAUCUGGACUGCCUCGCUCCACCCUUGAAAACCAUUCCCAGGGGCAUGUGGAUCUGCCCCAAAUGUCACGACCAGAUUUUGAUGAAAGAUGAGGCAAUCCCAUGGCCUGGAACCCUCGCUAUUGUUCAUUCCUACAUCGCAUAUAAAGCAGCUAAAGAGGAGGAGAAGCAGAAACUGGUGAAGUGGAGCUUGGAACUCAAGCAGGACAGAGAACAGCUAGAACAAAGGGUCAAACAGCUGAGCCAAUCCAUAACGAAAUGUAUGGAGAACAAGAACACUAUCCUGGCCCGUCAGAGGGACAUGCACAACUCCCUGGAGAAGGUCAAGGGCCUGGUGCGUCUCAUUCAGGGCAUCAACUUCUGCCCAUCCCCUGAGGCCUCACCGCCAGCGCUCCUGACAAAUGGAGGAGCAGACUGUGCCAGUGCUGACCACACGGACGACACAAGUCCCGAGGAGCACAAGAACAUGACUAACAAUAGUGGCGACGACCUGAACAACAACGCGGACGGGGCGACCGAGGAGGAAGGGAAGAAAGAGGACGUUAAAGAGAUGGACAACCUCAACAGCAGCAGCCUUGGCAAAACCUUUGAGCCUCCCCAGACUAUAGCACCGGCCCUUGUGGAUGUAGCAGAGGGGGCCAAAUAACACCCACCCACCCAGUCCAGGGACAGGAACCCCCAAAGAGAGGGAAAGAAAAAGAUAAAGCACCCCAUGAAGUUGCCCAAAGUUGCCAAUCGAUUAACACACACACCGACAUAUAUAUUUUUGGGGUCGUUGUUAUUGUUAGUUUGUGUAUUAUUGGAUUGUCCGAGAGGACAUUAUGAUUAUCAGAUGGAGAAAGGGAAAGGGACGAAGGAGGGUGACUUUAUGUACCAGUGGUAUGCCAAUCGAGGUCAAAGAUUAUUAUUCAAGUCUGACGAUGUUGACACUCUUACUCAUAAUAACGAUAUUGUUAAUAGUAAUAAACAUCACACCAAUGUGUGCCUCCAAUAGUCGCCAUAGCGCCUCUUUGUGGGGAUGGUUUCUUAGGGUGUCUUAGUCUGCAGCUUCAGGGGAGAUGGAUCCGAGAUGUCCAAAGAUGAGACCUGCCCGCUCGCCUGAAGAUCCACCACCUACACCACACCAGAAACAAUUGGAUCAACCAAAACACCAUAACAGCCAUUUGGAAUUUAUAAACUACCAGGGGACGAGGUUUUUGUUUGCUGCAGUAUUUGUCAACAGUUUUGAAAAUCACUGAAGUAUUGCCUGAGGGAUCUGAUUAGUCCCAAAUCACACUUUUUGUCUUACAGGAGCUCCAGCUCACCUCCAUCCAUCUAUCCCACCUGCCCCCAUUACGACCACCAACAACUCUGACAGUACAGCUUAAAGCUACAUCACAGGACAGAUGAUGGAUCAACAUAGGUCAGCCUGACGUUCAAGUUGUAUCCACUGUCACCUCAGUGCUGCCCAACAGACAGCCAGACAGACCGGCUACAGUGGGAGGAGCCCAGCAUUCAGCUUACGGUCUGUGGUCUUCAGCAGCAUCACAUGGACUCGUUGCAGGCUUCAUUGACAAUGAAGAUGUUUUUUCUUUACGAGGUCACCUUAUCAUGACUUGUUUUGCGUUAUCCAUUGUUGCUGAACCUAGCGUUCUUUUUGUAUUAUUUUGAGAAUAUGAUUGACCACUUUGUUGAUUGAUACGUUCGGAGGCAUAGACGGAAAGCGGCUGCAUCAAUAUUCCAUGUGAAUGCAGCUCUAGGCAUGCACGGGGGACUUAGCGACUAUCAGUUCAGAUAUUGUCUGAGAGGUUUUUUUUUGUGUCCGUUUGUCAUGCCCCUGGGAUCUGUUGCUAAAGGAAACCAUUUAUUCUGGGGGAAUAUAUUUCUAUUCACGUCUUCCUAGUUUUCGAACAUCAAGAUAUGCUUCUUCAAACGUGCUUUUCUCUUUCGCAUUACUUUGGUUUCUUAUAAAUUAUAUUUGAACCGGAAAAAACUAUGUAAAUAGCUUUUAUUUUUAUUUUUUAGAUGUUCCUUGCAAUUGAAUUUUUAUUCAAUAUGCUCAAUUCAUAACUGCCAAAUGCUAUUGUAUCCAAAUACAGCAGGGAAACAGUCCUAUUUUCUUAUAUAAUGUUUUUAAGGUUUCAAUUAGGAGUCCCCGUAGAUAGGCACAAAUUUAGCAUGGCAGUUACAGACGUACAAAAGAGAGCGUGGCAAUGACAUUGUACCAUAUGUUGUUUGGGAAAAUGGUCAGGAACGCUAUAGGAAAAGCACAAACUUGAUGGCAAAAAAAAAAAAAAACUGGAACCGAACCACAUACCCUCAUCCUGCCAUAAACAUGUCUAAAGUAAAUAUGAACAUUUGAACAACUAUAUUUUACACCACCACACUGACAAGUCACUUUUCAUUUGACACUUUUGUACAGUAUGUGUAGCUUUUGUUCAUAACCUGCCGUUUUACAUGUGUAAGUCCUUAAGAGUUGCAAUGCAAUGUCGAUACAUUAGUUGUGAAGCACUUGAGAAAUUAGGGACGUUGAAGGAAUAGGUUGCCGGUAAACAUAUCAUUUCAUCACAGGGCCUACUUGCUGUACUACAUCAUACGGUAUGGGUCCCCCUGGCGGUGCCUUUGUCUAGAGAGUUUGAAGGCUUUUACAGGGCUCUAUAUAUUUCCUCUUGACAUGAAAUGCACCCAAACCAUGGCAAUGUUUUAUGUUUGAAAAUACAUAAACAAAUCAUCACAAUAAUGCAAUUAACUGGAAAGCACAAAGAGAAGAUGCAAGAUCGGGUUUUUAAUCUAUCGCCAGAUCAAAAGGAGAGCAUUAGUUAAAGGAUAAGUGAUGGCCCAGUCCAGUGUCUUGUGUUGAGGCCACUCUUCCUUUUGGCCUGCGGGUACUUGUCGUUGUGUAGCAAUUGCCUUAAGAAAAUGUUGCGCCUCGUGAACAAACUGUUCGGUGUAUUGUUGGUCUUGUUUGAGUGUCACACAAAAAAUUCAAUGAAUUGUGGAAAUCUUGUCUAUUUGUGAUGAACCACUUCAGGAAAUCUACUUCUCUUUGCACAGAACUGAGAUGAUAGGCUAAAAUGGGAACCUAUUGUAUUUACAAGGGGGUCAGUUGCUCUGAGUCGUGUAAGAGAGUUCCGAUUCGUUUUGACUUGACUUGCCAGUGUAUGAAAAAUAAGGAUUGUGAUUUGAACGACUAUUUGAGUUGUCCCUCCACCAAGUCCCUCAAAUACAAGCAAUUCGCAAAUAUUAUAAUGCACCUUUGUGGUUGAACACUCAACAGUGUUAAAUCCUGUAGUUCUCUCCUGACUUGCCAUCUUCACGGGGCAAGAUGCAAAUGAUAAAAGUGGCAGCAAUGACACAUACUUACCAUGAAAAUGUAUAAUUUAGGGCCAGAUUUUUUUUCUGAAUAUUGUUAAAUAAUUGACAUAUUCUCCAUCUUAUCUUUAUAAUCCUUUUGAUGUGUUUUUAUUGGACCUUUUUUGGUGCAGAAGCUUAGAAAAAUGUGGCUCUCAGUGCCUCUAAUGCAAUAGAAAUAAUAAGCAUCUCAGCAAAUACACUCCCCCAUCUGUGCUCAGCAUGAUGAGCCCAAAAACAAAACUAUAGCUGUCGAAACCUCAACAAACCUAUGUCUACAUAUGCAAAUAGAUUGUAUGGACAUGAUUAUACUUUUAAAAAACAUUCCUACUUUUCAUAUAUAGAACUGAAUUUCACCUUUCCAACCUUGGUAACACUUUACUUUCAGGUGCCUUUCAUAAAAUAUUCACAAGUCGUUCAUAGACUGUUAUUUAGUAGUUUACAGAUUUGAGUUUAUAACCCAUUAUAACGAAUAAGUAACACAAAAGUAACCAGGGUAUAGGCUACCUUAAUGUAAAGUGUUACAGCAGUAUAUUGAAAGCUACAGCUGUACCAUUAAAUGUUUAAUGUACUGUAUACGUACCCCAAUGACUCACGUAGGAAAUUAAAUGUCCCUCUCAAUUAGUGACUUUUUUAUUGGAUCAUAACUUUGAAGGCAAAGUGCUGAAUAUUAUGGGCGGAAUUGUUUUUAUUUUCUGACUUAGGGAGGAUGAUGUGGUAUGGCCAACUCAAAUAUUGUCUAGUGCUUUGUGCUGUGAAAGAAAGUAAAUGUCAUGUUGUGGUAAGAAAAAAAAAUAGAAACAAAGUUAAUAUCCAAAGAAUGAUUUUAAAGAUUUUUUUUAUUUCCAUUUAUGAUCUACACCAGCUAAAUAAUAUUCACAACGAGAGCAACCAAUUAGGAAACCAAUAUUGAUUAGAUUCUUCAUCUCGGCAUAUCUUGAUUAGUUCUGAAAACAGUUAUUCUCAUUCGAAAUCACGUCACAUCUGUGGCCUUCAAGUAUUUUAGUUGCAUUUCAUUGCCAUCAAUAUGGAGACUCCCCCCUUUCUUGUAAACCUCUGUCCCACCUCUUACUUCAUGCACUCGUAUCAUUUCAUUCAUUUAGAAGGCUUUUUUUCUCAACGUAAAGUAUUCUUCCUCUUUGUUAAGAUGCAUUGUAGCAGAUCAAGCAAGUCAAAGGCACUAAUGUGCUGGAUAUAGUGUAAAUGGUUUAUUGCACAGACUGCAUACUCUCUUGUAAUAUUUGUCGGUUGUAUUUUUUCACAAUAAUUUUUUAAAAGAAGUAUUUGUUUAUUUUUUACUACGGUUUUGUUACCAAUCCUUUUUGUUGCCUGUGAUCCACUGAUUCAUUUGACCUCUUUCCUGUACUUGAGUUAUUUUAUGCAGCUAUUUGUAUGCAGUGUUUGGCAAAUUCCAUUGCAGUGUCAGAGUAAGUCAAGAUUUUUUGGAGCAUUCGAUCAAUUUGUAUUUAUUUAUUUGACCAUUUUUAAAUAAAAUUACAAAGUUGUAA